AGCCUUUGAAGAAAGACAGAAGCAAGCAGAAGAAAAAGAACAAAGAUUUAGAGAACAAGUUCUGCAGCAGAGGAAAAUUAAACUUCAGGAAGCAACUGAUAAGUUCCAGCGUGCUCAUCUGCCUUUUUCUCAGCACAGGCAAAUAGUCCAGACAAAAACAGCCUUUCAAUUAGAAGAAGCUCUUGAACAAAUUAAGGGAUCAGUUUUAACACCGGGACUGUGCAGAAACAAAACCACCUUCAGAACCACAGAUGACACUUCAUCCUCGUCAGCAUCUAGAAACGGUUCUUGCCAUCAGAAGCAGAUUUCAGCAAUGGUUGACUGCAAUAAAACAAUACAACAGAACAGUAGAACAAACACGGAUAGUAACCAACUUCUCUUCCAGAAAAAUCUGGAAAAAAUGCAACAGCUCCUUGAAAAACAGCAUCUCAGCAACAUGGAGAAUUUUCAUCAAGAAGUCAAGAAAACAGAUGAUUCAGAAAGCGUGUUAAGCCUCGACAGUCUUGAGGCUGGAGAACAAAGUGGAAAUUACACAACACCGAGUGAAUCAUCUUCGACUACACAGUGUGACUGUACCCUCUACAAUCCAGAAAAAUCACAGACUAGGAAUAAUGGUUUGCUUUAUACAGCUCAAAGUACUUCUUCUAAAAAUAUGCAUCUAAAUAAUUGUCUGAGAAACAUAGAUUCGCAAUACUACCACAACUUACCUACUCAUGAUCUUUUAGCUAAACAAUCUGCUGAACAUUUAAACACUUCAGAAGAGGAAUCAUCUGCUUCUGACAAAUCUGGAAAACAUUCUUCAGAGUUCUCUACCUCUGGUAAGCAAGAAGUCUCUGUAAGCAAUGUGUUUAAUUUUCUACAAAGUAUAAAACAAGAAAGCAACAAGCCGUCUUCUGGAACUGCUUCCACAUUACCCACUGGUCAUCCUGUUUUGAAUCCCAGCAAAACUUGGGCCAACCCUGAUUCUAUUCCAGGAGAAAGAGUUCAGGAUCUGAUGCAAGAUCAGAGUUUUAAAAUGACCCCACAAAACAGAAAUGUAUCUGUGCAAACCUCUAGUCAACCUAUUGCAACAUCUAUAUUCUCAUUUCCUAAUCAGGGAUGUUCCACUGGCAUUCCCAGCACAACUGAUACAUUACCAAAAGUCAAAAACAUCAGUAUGGAGUUUUUAAAAAAUACCUCAGGAAAAAUUACUGAAACAGAAGAAGAAAAUGUUAAAGAUAUUGAUUACAUUAUUCCAGGAUCAUCUUUAUUUCAGGACAUACCAAAUGCCUCAGUUCUAUGCCAUGUUAAGCAACAGCAUAACAAAGAGGAAGAAAAGGGAAAUAUGGUUGAAACUGUAUCACUGCUGUCUGAUACAGAGUUCAAUUCUCGCACUCCUGCACAGCACAAAACCCUGAAAAACAAUAUUCUAGAAAGAAAAAGAGCAAAGUUUCUUGGAAGUAUCUUAAAGAAGGAUUCUAAAUAUGAACCCAAUCAUUUCAAAGCUGUGGUUACGAACCAGGGGAUCAGUUUUGGAACACAACCCAUGUCUUCUAUCAGAGACAGUUUAGAACUGGCAAAAAUCAAAAAGAAAACUGCAGAAAAUGAAAAAUACAACAGAAAGAUUAAAUGGUGUGAUCAAAUUAAACAGAUAAUAAUAGAAAAUAACGAAAAAUGCUAUGAAAAAACCACCAGUGAAAUAUUUUCUGCACAGCUGCAAUGUGUUCAAACUAUAAAUAAUGCUCCUAAGACUAAUUUAAGUAUUGUUGCUCAACCUUCAAACCCCAUGUUCAUAAAAUAUCAACAGGAAAACUCUCAUAUAUCAAAACCAAAUGUUAAUACUGAAGAAUCAAAUAAAGAAUGCACAUCUCUGAAUAUAUUUAUGCCUACUGAAUCCGUUUCUGCUAAAAAAGCUUGGAUGGUAUCAAAUGAUGAAGAAAGUAAACCCCCAGUAUAUAGUAAUAAUUCUAAGAUUAAUGAAGGUAAUCAACUGAAAAAUAGGUCAAAAAUAGCUAGAACGAUAUCUCUAAGAGCACAGCCAAGAUUUAUGCCCAAGAAGAGAACAGGCACUAUAAUCCGACCACAGCUGGCCACAGAAACCAGCAAAACUCGAAACGCUCCAGGGAAAUUUCUAGCACCUCACCCACCAUCCACACCUCUGCCAGGAAGCAGAAGUGGUGAAAACACAGCCAGCCCUCGGUGUCAGCCACUCCUGCCUUCAAGUCUUCCAGCAACCGCUACAAGCCGGAAUGAUUUAAAUGAAAGGCAUGUUGUGUUAGCAGAUCAGGUUUUAAAUAGAAACGGUACAGAAUACAGUCAGAGUAUUACUUGUCACUCUGACUUGGCCGCUGAGAUUUCUACACCUGGCUGCAGCACGGCCAACCACAGACCUUGGGAAAAAAAUACUUGUUCUGUAAAUACUGUUCAGACAAGCGCCUGUCAGGAUCAUUCAAUAACCUGCACUGGAAGAAGACCUGUUAACACAGAAAAUGGAUUACAUCUCCAUCAUAUCCCAGCAGCUGGAAAAACAAGUACCUCCUGGCAAGGAGCACAUAGUGCCCAAGCUCCAAGAGGCUCUGCUACUGGUGCUAUUCAGCACCAAGUGUCACAUCACGAUAGUUCGCAUAACUGUCAACCUUUUAAAGAAUUGUCCCAUGUUCCCCUUGAUGUCAGCAGCCAUAUGACUAGUUUCAAAUCUGCUUCCAGGAUGAAGCAAUUGUUUUCUUUUUCUGUAAAUAGUGUUGCUCCUGCUACAAGACAAAUGCAGGUUUUUGACAACCAUGAAAAUGAACAUAGAGUUUUUUCAGAACACAGAAGACAAAGUAUAGCCUCUAAAAGACAGAAGCCUGCUCAGGAUGUACAGAAUUUGCUCUAUACUGUCCAGCUGAGUUCUUUUCAGUCUGCAUUUGAUCCACUACAAAAUAGGAAUAACACCUACAAGUCUGAUGAAG